CUUUUCCUAGGUUGGUCGCCUGCAGCUGUCCCACAACAUGAGUCUGGUCAUUAUCCUGCCUCGAUCCCUGUCGCAGAAUCUUUCUGACGUGGAGAAGCAUCUCAGUGGGGAUACUUUCAAGUCAAUGGUGGCCAAGCUGGAGCACACCCCUUUCAAACCAACGGUGGUGACUAUUCCCAGGUUCAGGGCGGACUCCUCCCUGGACCUCAUGUCUACAGUGGGAGAGAUGGCAUAUGGUAUUUUCUUCGAUGCCAACCUGUGUGGGAUUUCUGAAAACGAAGAACUGGCCGUGUCCAGUGCCCGGCACAGAGCCGUGAUGGAAAUCAAUGAGGAAGGAGUGGAGGCAGCUGCUGCCACAGCCAUUUCCCUGGCACGCACAGCCAAUUUCUUCGAAGUGCAGCAGCCCUUCAUCUUUGUGGUAGUGAAUGAGAAGAGGUUCCCCAUCUUCAUGGGACGCAUCAACAAUCCACAGGCGUCAUAACGUCCUCUUUCUUGCUCCUGUCACUUUCUGUCUGUAGGGUGACACGUCUCCCGCCCGUAGGAUUGUCCUAGGCUCAUCUCGUAGUAUUUACACAUGAUGCUUGGCUUGGCUGUGGUGCAUGCGCAGAGGUCUUCAGAUCCCUCUUCAUUUUAACCAAUUACUUAAACAAAAAUUCCAUGUCCACCUUUUGCUGAGGUCGGGUUUCCCUUCUGCUUUAAUUUCUCUCCAACUUAUUUGCCCCCCCCCUCUGUGCUCAUGUAUAUGAUAGACUGAAAAGGACGUUUCUGUCAGGGUCCUUCUUCUCCCAGGUGUAACCCCACUGCAACAAGCCUGCCAGCCUCUUACGUUUCCUUCUGCUUGAUAAGGAAUAAAAAGUGACCAUAC